CCCCUACAAAUGUCAUGGCCCACCGAGAAGCAGAAAUCCCAGACGACCUACAAUACGGCGAGUCGGACCCUCUGAACCACGACUUUCACGAAGAAUCAAACUCAGGGCAGCCAAAACCAACCCGCUCCAUCUAUGCCCUCACCCGGAAGGAGAUCACUCGCGGUCUCGCGAACCGAUUCGUUCAUUCGAGGGUCUACAUAUUUCUUUAUCUCACAAUGGCAGCACUCUCCAUUACGACAAUAGCCCUAAGUAUCACCGACGGAUGUCCUGGACUUGCUUUCUACAUUCUGGAGGUCAUCAUCAAUGUAUCUAUGAUAUUGGAAGUUGGGAUACGACUUGUUGCAUUCGGAAAGCAAUUCUGGAAGUCACCAUUCAAUGUCGUGGAUUUAGUCUUGACGGUGUUUUGUGCUUUGACACUUCUUGUUCUGGCCUUUGCGAAGUGCGGCUCAGGGAGUAAAGAGGAGGAGAUUCUAGACACGCUGCUCCUCGUUGCACGCAACGUGCUCCAGUUUAGUCGUUUAGCUGCGGUCAUGAGGCAGUCAGGGCAAUCUAUUUUUUCACGCCCGAAACCAAUCGAUAUCAACACUGCAAGGCGAGCUGGGUACAGUUUGGAUAUUGACAUUGAGAGUGAAGAUGAGGAAGAUCCAGAGUUAGGAAGACCGCUGGUGCGGCAUCCGGUAGUGUUUGAAGCAGACGACGAACCCCCCUAUUCCGACACUAGACCUCCAGCCACAGAGAAUCCUGUAUUGGUUUAUGGGAUUCAGAGCGAGCAGGAAGCUUGGGCAUCAUCUGGACGGUAGCACGCUCCCGCCGUGUUGCAUAAUUAUCCAAUCCAACACCUUGCAUCCUUAUUUACUUAUGCAUGUAACUUACUUACUUUACUCCGUCCCGUCGCUAAUAUCAACCUCAGCUUUGUCUAUUCAAAUUUAGAUAUGCAUAUAGGUCCACAGAAGAAUUUGAAUCCCAACAAUAAUCUGCAUCCAUGCCCAUUGCAACUGAACCCAGGAAUCCACUUCAUUUGAGGCCUGGGUCUGAAUGUAAAAGGGGGGGGGGGGGGGG